GUUAGCUCUACUGCUUCUUCUUCUUCUUCUUCUUCUUCCACAAGCUAUACUUCUGCUUCAGCUUUUUGUUUGAAGUUGCAGCCCUCUUCUGGGUUUCUUUAAAGCAUUUGACUAUAUUGAAGAUCACACAAGUCCAACUGAUUUGAGCUAAAAGAGCUACUGUUUUGAAUCUGUGGGGUUUGAGAGAAUGAGUGCUUCAAAGUUCAUUAAAUGUGUUACUGUGGGGGAUGGAGCUGUAGGGAAGACCUGUAUGCUCAUUUGCUACACCAGCAACAAGUUUCCUACUGACUAUGUACCUACAGUGUUUGACAAUUUCAGUGCAAAUGUGGCUGUGGAUGGGAAUAUUGUCAAUUUGGGGCUCUGGGACACUGCAGGUCAGGAGGACUACAGCAGAUUGAGACCACUAAGUUACAGAGGCGCAGACAUAUUUGUGUUGGCUUUCUCUCUAAUUAGUAGGGCAAGCUAUGAGAAUGUUCUUAAAAAGUGGAUGCCAGAGCUUCGGCGAUUUGCACCAAAUGUUCCAAUUGUCCUUGUUGGUACAAAGCUCGAUCUUCGAGAGGACAUGCGUUAUCAAGCUGAUCAUAUGGGAUCCAACAUCAUAACUUCUGCUCAGGGAGAGGAGUUGAGGAAGCAAAUAGGAGCUGCAGCGUACGUUGAGUGCAGCUCUAAGACCCAACAGAAUGUCAAAUCGGUGUUUGAUACCGCCAUCAAGGCUGUUCUUCAACCUCCAAGAAAGAAGGAUAUGGUUAAGCAGAAAAGGCACAGAAGGUCUGGUUGCUCAAUUGUGAGCAUUGUCUGCGGAAGAUGUGAUGCUUAGGACAAAGCCAGGCAAGCAAGAAAUUGAAGGAAUUGAAUGGUUUACUUAGCAGUUGCUCUUAGGGGGUUUAGAGGUUUAUUGCUGAAAGUUAAUAUAUUCUUAUGUGUGUAUUGUUCUAGUUUGAGUACCAUUAGUUGUGACUUUCUUAUAGUCUUUGCCAACUGCUGACUGGUGGGGAAAGCGGAGGGAAUUGUUCAUUCUCUGCUCGUGUAAUUUAUGUAUGGUUGAUGAAAUUCUAAAUUAUAACUAGUUUCCAUUACAACUCCCUCUUCCUAUAUGGCUCUUAUUUUUCUUGGGGUUUUGUUAUGGUAGUUUGUUUUUUGUACUCCCUUAACUGAACUUGUGGCAAAGCCAUUGUAUCACUCA